AUGUUGUUGAAAGGUCGAGUAUCACAUAAGGCUAUACGCUUGCUUGAUAAUGAAUAUAAACGUGCAAAUGAAGUUGGUGUUGAUGGUUUCGUUUGUGGAUGUUAUUUAAGACAUACACAUGGACUUCCAUGUGCUCAUGAGAUGAAGGAGAUGGAAGAAAGAAAUAUCAGUAUUCAACUUACGGAUAUCCACCCUUUUUGGAGGACUCUUAAACUUAAAAGUGUUGAUACACAUUACAAUUUAGAUGAAGAAUCUCAUUUUCAGAUCCGGCAUGAUAUUGAUAAGGAAUUGCAAGUGUACUUCAAGGAUAUUCUAGAUCUACCUGAACAAAAACAAACAUGCUCCAAGAAUUCUAAAACUGAACGUGGUGGAUGUGCUUCUACUUCUACAUCAGCUAAAGGUCGUGGACGUGGACGUUGUUCGUUGACACCCUCAAAUGCUUCACAAAUAAUUCCUCCCAAUAUCUUGCCAUUUAUUGAUCAACUCCCCUCCUACAUAGUACCUUAUAUUAGUAGCAUACACAAUGUUGGAGCUGAUGGUAAUUGUGGUUAUAGGGCCGUUUCUCGAUGGAUUUAUGAGGAUGAGGAACGAUGGCCAACUGUUCGGCAAGAGUUAGCUGUGGAGAUUGAGACUAGGUUAGACAUUUACAGUGAUAUUUUAGGAGGUCAUGACAAAGUUAGAUCAACUUUGAUCUCCCUUCAACACUAUGUCGGUUCCGCUACUAAAGAUUAUUGGAUGUCAUUACUUGACAUGGGUUUUGUGAUCUCCACUAGAUAUAAUGUGGUAGUUGUUUGUUGGUCUCUUGAUCAACCAAUUACUUUUUUGCCAAUAAUUGCUCGUGAGGGGAACCAUGCACCUGACGAGUCAUCACAUUAG